CUCCUCCCAAGAAAAUGCGGCUUAGUCGAGCUUCGCGCGCGAGAUAAUACGGUUCGUCGCUUGUUCGUUCGUCCAUUCGCACAUGUGAGAUAAAGCGUCGCGACGCUUGAUCCCUGCAAACUCCUCGGUUCGUCGCCGUGUCCACCGUUGAAGUCUCCGGGAAAAACCCGGCGCAGGAUUGUCUCACCGGCGUUUCCGCGUUGUGGUUCAAGUGUCACCGGCGCCAGUGCAGUGCCCAGCAGUGUCGGGGGGUUCCGACGCCUUUUGUUGCGUGUUUCCGGGCGUCUUCAUCGGUAUGUUUUAUCCCAGAGCGAAUCCCCGUUGAUCUCGUCUGAGCCGGCCAUAUUGCAUACCAAUCCGAGAGAGACGCUGGCAUACGGUCGCACGCGGCGCAAGCGAGACCGAUGCUGUUUUCUUGAGGCUUGAACAAGUUCGUGGACGGGGCAAGAGGCUGAGGAAUGUUAGAGCAGCACAGCAUCUAACACACGUGUCAACAAGCCGAAAUGUUGCACUGACUCCGGACUCUAAAGCGCUAGAGAUUCUAAUCGGACCAACAAUGCUGCGGUAGUGACAAAUUCGGGCAAAAAAUGCGGCUCACUUUCUGCUUUCUGGGCGCACUUUUCUGCCUGACAGGCGCCCAACAGCCGCCCGGGCCCGGCCCUGGAGACUACUCCACGCAAAUGCAGUCGAGGGCGGUCGACACGAGGGUCACUUUCGAAAUUAAGGAAGGGCAGCCGAAGGGAACGCUCAUCGGGAAAAUACCCACCAAACCCGGAUUCAUUUACCGAUUCAACGAACCGCCCAAGGAAUUCAGCAUGGACGCAAAAACCGGGGAAAUUCGAACCAAUGCAGUCCUGGACCGGGAAAACCUCAAAAACGACCGAUACGACCUGGUGGUCCUCUCCAGCCAACCCACUUAUCCCAUUGAAGUGCGAAUUCUGGUGCUUGACAUCAAUGAUAAUCCUCCGGAGUUUCCGGAACCGUCGAUAAGUGUGUCGUUUUCUGAAAGCGCAGCUGCCGGAACUCGCCUCCUCCUGGACGCAGCCACCGAUAAAGACAUCGGGACCAAUGGUGUUUCCGACGAUUAUCGCAUCAUCGACGGCAAUAAAGACGACAAGUUCCGACUAGCCUUGACAGUCAACCCUGCCGGAGAAACCUCCUAUUUGCAUUUGGAAACCACCGGAAAAUUAGACCGAGAAUCGCAAGGCUUCUACUUUUUGAACAUUUCGGCCCGUGACGGUGGCGCCCCUCCCAAAUUCGGGUACCUCCAAGUCAACGUGACAAUCCUGGACGUGAACGACAAUCCCCCGAUUUUCGACCACAGCGAUUACAUCGUGUCUUUGAACGAAAGCGUCCUGCCUGGCACUCCGGUGUUGCAGGUGAUGGCGACCGACAACGAUCUGGGCGAUAACGCCAAGAUAACGUACUAUUUAGCCGAUACAGAGCGCCAAUUCACCGUCGACCCGGAAACUGGGGUCAUUUCCACGACAGAAACGCUCGAAUGUCCGCAACAAAACUGCCCACAAACCACCAAAUCGUGCCCGAAAAGCUGCGUUUUCACGGUUUUUGCGCGAGACCACGGAUCGCCGCGUCAAGACGGCCGGACUUAUGUCACCGUUAAUCUGGUCGAUGCUAACGAUCACGACCCCGUCAUCAAAUUCCGGUACUUCCCCUUCAAUGCCAUGUUUGCGACAGUUGACGAAAACGCCGGCAACGGCUCCGUGGUGGCCGCCGUCUCCGUGGUAGAUUCCGACGAGGGACUCAACGGCGAAACCACCGUCCGGAUCGUUUCCGGGAAUGAACUCAAUCAUUUCCGGUUGGAUUACACCCCGAGUUUUGAUAUCGUGCGAGUGAACGGCGUGUUGGACCGCGAAGAAAUCAGCAAAUACAACUUAACAGUGGUGGCAACAGAUAAGGGAACGCCGCCACGGACGGCAACCGCGUUUUUAAUAAUUCACGUGAACGAUGUGAACGAUCACGAGCCGGUUUUCGAAAAAAGCGAAUAUUCGGCAAUUUUGAGCGAACUAGCACCGAGUGGGACAUACGUUGCUGGAAUCACAGCAACCGAUGAGGAUUCCGGUGUCAAUGCCCAAAUUUACUAUGCGUUUGUUUCGGGAAAUGAACACCAAUGGUUUAGUAUCAAUUCUGACACGGGCUUGAUAACCACCCGGGAUAUUUUGGACCGGGAGGUGCAAGGAACGGUUGAGUUGAAUAUUUCGGCACGUGACGGUGGGCCUAAUCCGAAGUGGGCCUACACACAGUUGAAAGUGACAAUUUUGGACGAAAAUGACGAAGCUCCCCGUUUUUCCCAAUCCAAGUUCAACGUGAGUUUGUCGGAAAAUGCACCUCCCGGAACUUUGAUUGCAAUGCUGACGGCUUCCGAUCACGAUCAAGGGACUAAUGGAAGCGUCGCCUAUUCACUACAUCCAGUAACGCAACAACAUUACGAUAACGUACUGGUUUUGGACUCUUUGACGGGCCAAUUAACCACGAGAAAAAAGCUAGACCGGGAGGAAAUCUCGCAUUAUGAAAUACAUGUCAUUGCGAAGGACCAGGGUUUACCCCCGCAAUCGUCCACCGCAACUGUGUACCUAAACGUGAUCGAUGUGAACGACAACAGCCCGGAGUUUUACCCGCUGAAUUAUUUUGUCGCCGUUCCGGAGAACGUCAAACCCGGAAGUUCGCUCGUAAAAGUGACAGCGAGUGAUAGAGACGAGGGCGAGAACGCAAUAAUCACUUACAAUCUCGAAAGUGGCGGCGACGAUUUGUUCACAAUCGACGAAUGGACCGGCGUUAUCACAAUUCGUGGCGACUUGAAGUGGACGAAGCCCAUCCACCGGCUGAAAAUCUCCGCCAAAGACCACGGUGACAAGCGCGCUGCCGAAGAUGCCACCGUCGAGAUAAUCAAAGAACGUGACUUGGAAGAGCUCCUUUUCGACAAUUACGGCUACGAAUUUAAAAUCGUCGAGGACGAUAGCGACUGGAAACGCCGCAAUGUGGGCCAAGUGCACGUGCGGAACACCGACGUCACUUACUCGAUCGUUUACGGCGAUCCGGAGCACAGCUUCGAUAUCGACGAACGCACCGGAAAGAUAACAACAGCGAAGAAAAUCGACCGGGAACAGACGCUCAUGUACAGUUUGACAAUCACGGCACGCGUGGGCCUCGCGUAUGGCAAGACGCUUGUCAACGUUGUGGUUUUAGACUUGAAUGACAAUAAACCCGUCUUCGACCGCGAUAAGGACGAGGUGAAGCUCGCUGAAAACGCUGCUGUCGGCCAAGAAGUGUAUCUGGCGCGUGCUAGAGAUCUCGAUGCGGGCAUAAACAGCAGAGUGACAUAUCACCUGAAUUACAAUCCGGACGAUCAGUUCAGGAUUUCCGAAGCCACCGGAGUGAUUUAUUUGAAUCGGCCGAUAAGGGCCGAACCCGGACUCAGUCUGCACGUUGAAGUGACGGCCAGUGACGGGGGCGAACCGCCUCUUUCGUCAAAACAAUUGGUCCGGGUCGUGAUUGAAGAUGUUAACGAUCACACGCCGGUGUUCGAUCACACCUCGUACGAAACGUCGCUCUUGGAGUCGACGCCGGUCAAUGAGAGGUUUUUCGCCCUGGCGGCGAGCGACACGGACCUGGGGCUCAACGGACGGAUUUCGUAUGUAAUCUCUGAGGGAAACACUGAGGGGAAAUUCGGGAUUUUCCCCGAUGGGUUUUUGUACGUGCGCCAGUCACUCGACCGUGAAGAUAAGGAUUAUUAUUCCUUGUCGGUGACUGCGAGUGAUUUGGGUAACCCGUCCCGUUCGUCGGUUGUUCCCGUCGUGAUCCACGUUAUCGACGAGAACGACAAUAGUCCCGAAUUCACAAACGCGAGUUUUAGUUUCAAUAUACGUGAAAACGAACCUCCGGACUCAUUCGUCGGGAAAUUGACCGCAACCGACCGAGAUAUCGGGCGAAAUGCCGAACUGAUUUUCUCCCUAUCCAACUCUCAGAGUGACUUUGUCAUUGAUCCGAAAAAUGGGUUUAUAAAAACUUUGCAUGUGUUUGAUCGUGAAGAGUUGGUCCAAACCACCGGGCUUAACUAUUUGAGUCUGGAAGCCACGGUUACGGACAAUGGGAGUCCUCGCCUCCGUGACAAAGUCAAAGUUAACGUUUACGUGACUGAUGUUAACGACAAUCCGCCGAAAUUUUUACGCACGCCUUAUCGAGUGCAAGUGUCUGAAGGUUCGCCAGUUGGGACUCAGGUCAUUCGACUCUUUACCUCGGAUGCCGACGAAGGUCUCAACGGGGAUGUUUUUUACUCGAUCGUUCAAGGCAACGACGACGGUCGUUUCACGAUCGAGGAAGCCACCGGUCAAAUAAUCUUAUCGAAAAUUUUGGAUCGUGAGACCGUGUCGAAUUAUCUGCUCACGGUUGUGGCCCGUGACGCGGGACAAAUGAGGCAGUUGAGUUCGACCACCACCGUCAGUGUGGAAGUUAUGGACGAGAACGACAACUCGCCCGAGUUUACGCAGACAAAUUCCAAGAUCAGUGUGAUUGAAACCACGCCGGUGAACACGGAACUGAUUCAGUUCCGGGCGACCGACGCCGACUUGGGGAUGAACAGUGAGGUGGUGUUCUCGAUCAGUGCGGGCAAUCGCAAGGACACGUUCCACGUCGAUCCGUCUUCUGGGACGUUGUAUUUGCACAAACCGUUAGAUUACGAGGAGCUGAGCGCUUAUCAGUUGAACAUAACAGCGUCAGAUAAUGGCAAUCCGAGAUUAUCUACGACUAUUCUGUUUGCCAUAGCCGUCGAAGAUGCCAACGAUAAUCCUCCUUCGUUUCCUAGUACUGCGAUAGUCCGGCAGAUCCGUGAAGGCAUCUCUGUACACACCCCCAUAGUCACGGUCACGGCUGAUGACCCCGACUACGGCAUCAACGGCAAAGUCACUUACGCCAUAUCGCAGCAAGAACCGGAAGACAGCAACAGACACUUUGGGAUUAAUCCGGUCACAGGGGUCAUUCAUACGCUUCUACCCAUCGAUAGAGAGACCAUCGAUACCUUCCGCCUCACCGUCGUAGCGACCGACGAAGCCCAGCCCGCGUCAGCCCGCCUCUCCGCCAACAAGCUCGUCACAGUCAUCGUCGAAGACGUGAACGACAACGCCCCAGUUUUCGUCUCAAUGAACUCGGCAAUCCUCCCCCAAAACACCCAAUUCCCCAAGGAAGGCGCCCUGAUAAUGAACGUCUUUGCCCGAGACCUCGACUCCGCAACCAACGGCCUCGUCACCUACGAACUAGCCAGCGGCUCCCCGGACCUAUUCCGCCUCGACCAGAGCUCCGGAGCUUUGCGUUUGGUGAAACCGAUCGAGCACCCGGAGCCGACCUACCGCCUCUCCGUGAAAGCCACCGAUGAGGCGGUUCAAAACGAGCGCAAAUCCAGCGAGGCUUAUCUGACCAUCAUCGCGACGGAUUUUUCCGCCAGAGGUCCGAGCUUCGAAAGCGGGCUCUUCACCGGAAGCGUUUUCGAAAACGAACCUCCGGGUACGAGCAUCUUAACGGUGUCUGCGAGCUUUGACUCCGGUGAAGUGGAAUAUUACGUGACGAACGUGACCGGUGAUGGUGCUCAAGUUGACAGAUUGUUUGACAUCGACACUAAGUUGGGAGUCUUAUCGACGGCCACUCAGCUAGACAGGGAACAAGGGGUCGAGACGUACGAAGUCGAGGUUUACGCAAUCGUGGCCAGCGGAUCGCCCAAAACCAACAGGACCAAGAUCCAGAUCAAGGUCCUGGACAAGAACGACAGCCCGCCCUCCUUCAAGGACACUCCUUUGUACUACUCCAUUUCGGAGGACCUGGGGCCCGGCCAGUCCGUGGCCACUGUGAAGGCCGAUGACCCCGAUACCAUCGGAGUCCUAGAAUACUCUCUGAUCCGGGGCGAUGAUGGGCACUUUGUCUUGGACAAAAACACGGGAGUUUUGACUUUGGUCGACUCCUUGGACCGCGAAACCAAAGACGUGUACAAGUUGACAGUAAGGGCAAGUGACGGCAACCAGCACACGGACACCGUUCUCACUGUACAGAUCACCGACACUAACGACAACCCUCCUGCUUUCCUGGAAACUGCAUACUCCUUUGAUAUCCCGGAAAAUGCACAAAGGGGGCAUAAGGUGGGGCAAGUGAAGGCUGUGGACGCCGAUUUGGGGAUUAAUGCACAGCUCACCUAUUCAGUGAUCAGUGAUUGGGCCAACGAUGUUUUUUCCCUCAACCCCCAAACAGGGGUUUUCACCCUCACAUCACGCUUGGAUUAUGAAGAGGUGCAGCACUACAUCUUGGUGGUGCAGGCCCAAGACGCGGGCCAUCCGGCCCUUUCCAGCACGUUGACAGUUUACUGCAACGUCCUGGACCUCAACGACAAUACUCCUCUCUUCGAUCCCAUGUCCUACACCAAUGAGAUUUUCGAAAACGUGUCAAUUGCGACUCCUAUUGUGACAGUGAGCGCCACAGACCUGGACUCAGGCGACAACGGAAAGAUCGUAUUUCGCAUUACGGCCGGGGACGAAAACGGCGAUUUUGAAAUGACACCGAACGGAACCGUUAUAACCAAGAAAGAACUGGACAGGGAACGUCAAGGCUUGUACAAUUUGGUGGUAACUGCGACCGAUCAAGCGAAACCUCCGGAUCAGAGACUCUCCUCGACGGUGCAGGUGACCAUAAUCCUGAAAGACGUGAACGACAUGUCUCCCGAAUUCGUCACUCCCAACGAGACCUCCGUGGCCGAAAACAUCGCCAUCAACACCGUGGUGAUGGCCGUGAAAGCCAUCGACAAGGACGAGGGUCGCAACGGCUACAUCGAAUACUCCCUAUCCCCCGACUCCGCCUCUUCUGGCACCUUCUCCUUGGGCCCAGUGGACGGCCUAUUGCGCGUCUCCGGUCGCAUUGACCGCGAAACCAAAAGCAACUACACCCUCUCCAUAACCGCCCGCGACCGCGGCGACCCUCCGCGCGCCACCCACACGAAAAUCUUCGUCCGCAUCCUGGACGAGAACGACAACAGCCCCGUCUUCGACCCGAAGCAGUACAGCGCUUCCAUCGCCGAGAACGCCUCCAUCGGCGCCAGCGUGCUCCAGGUGUCCGCCACCGACGUGGACGACGGCCUCAACGGCCGCGUGCGCUACUCCAUCAACUCGGGCGACACCAACCGCGACUUCAGCAUCGCUGAGGAUACGGGUGUUGUGCGAGUGGCGAAAAAUCUGAACUAUGAGAGGAAAUCGCGGUAUGUGUUGACGGUGCGCGCUGAGGACUGUGCCGGGGAUGUCGGGGGCGAGGUGGUGCGGGCCGAUACGGCGGAAAUUGUUAUUUCGGUGUCGGAUAUCAACGAUAAUCCGCCGACGUUUUUGGAUUCGCCGUAUCUGGCCUAUGUUAUGGAAAACACCAUUCCGCCCAAUGGAGGGUAUGUUAUUACGGUGCAAGCGUAUGAUGCCGACACGCCGCCGUUGAAUUCGCUGGUGAGGUACUUUAUCAAGGAGGGAAAACCGGAUACGUUCAAAAUCAAUGCUUCGACGGGGGAAAUUUCACUUCUGAGGGCUUUGGACCGAGAAGCGCAAGCUGAAUAUACGCUCUCCUUGGGUGCAAUGGACACCGGCUCUCCACCUCUAACCGGAACUGGCACUGUGAAGAUCAUAGUACAAGACGUGAACGACCACACUCCUGAAUUCAAGCGACAGUCCUACCAUGCCACGAUUAACGAAAAUUCACCUCUCUCAACAUGGGUCGUGACUCCCACAGCCACCGACAAAGACAUCGGUCUGAACGCGAAAAUUCGCUACAGUCUAUUGGGCGACAAAGUCGACAGAUUCAAGAUAGACCAAGAUGCGGGAAUUAUCACCACAUCGGCGAUCCUAGACCGGGAAGAGACCGAAAUCUACUAUUUCACCGUAAUGGCGCAAGACUGCUCCGCAACCGAACCUCGGGCAGCCGCCGUCAAUCUCACAAUCACCGUCACUGACGAAAACGACAACUCGCCCUCGUUUUCCUCCACCAAGUACGAAGUCAACAUCUCCGACAAGACCAAAGCCGGGGAGUUUGUCUUCGGCGCUAGGGCUUCGGACGACGAUAUCGGAAUCAACAGCAAGAUCUCGUACGCUUUGACCGGCGAACACGCCCCCAAUUUCACCAUAAACCCCGAAACUGGGGUCAUUAAAGCGGCGCAAGAUCUGGCCAAGUUGGGCACGAAAGUGUUCAAUCUUGAAAUUGAGGCGGCAGACGGGGGCAAAAAACCGCGCAAAACCAGCACAGAAUUGCGAGUUUUCCUGCGCCCUGACCACCUGUUCCCUUCGUUCACCUCACCGGGGAAAACACGGUUCGUUCUUGCCGAAAACGUGGAACACGGGAAGCUGGUGGCGCGGUUUAAAGCCACGUCCCCGAAGAAAGGAGCUGCGAGUAAUGUGAGAUAUGCGAUCGCCGGGGGUAACAUUGGCGAGGCUCUCACUAUGGAUAAAAACACCGGGGAAGUCCACGUCGCUGGGAGGGGACUAGAUUAUGAAACGCUUCCGGUGUAUGAAGUCUGGAUCGAGGCGAAAGACUCGGACGUGCCUCCCCUCCGGACUGUCUUACAACUAACGAUAAAUGUGACCGAUGCCAAUGACAAUUCCCCGGUUUUUAAUAGCAAUCUGUACAAUGCGUCGAUUUUGGAGGAGGAAUCGCCGCCACAGCUAGUCGUUAAAGUCUCAGCUGAGGAUUUAGAUUCGGGCGAAAAUGGACAAGUUACCUACAAACUCACCGAUGAUUUCGACGGAACGUUUGAAAUUGACUCCGAAAGUGGUGAAAUUUAUACUAAUGCGAGACUUGACCGUGAGGAAACCCCAGCUUAUGAACUCACCGUGGAGGCUUUGGACCAAGGCGUGCCCCAGAUGACGGGCACGGCCACCGUCCUAGUCACAGUUUUGGACAAGAACGACAACCCGCCCCGUUUCAGCCGCUUGUUCAGCGUCAACGUGACGGAAAACGCCGACCUGGGCUCGUUCGUCAUCCAAGUGACCAGCUCGGACAAGGAUAUCGGCGAUAACGCGAACGCGACUUACAGUUUCACGGAAAACCCGGGCGAGAAGUUCAAGAUUGACCCGAUCAGCGGGAACGUGACGGUCGUGGGCCACUUGGACCGCGAGCAACAGGACGAAUAUUUGCUAAAAGUGGCCGCGGUGGAUGGGGCGUGGAAGGCCGAAACGCCCCUCACCAUCACCAUUCAAGAUCAGAACGAUAAUGCACCCGAAUUCGAGCACUCGUUCUACAGUUUCAAUUUCCCCGAACUGCAGAGGGAUGUGGUGUUUGUGGGGCAAGUAGCCGCGACCGAUCGAGAUAAGCAAGGGCCCAAUUCGGUGAUUAGCUACUCGCUGCAGCAGCCCUCCGACCUGUUCACGGUCGACCCGGCCUCGGGCGAUAUCUUCAGCAAGAGGAGUCUGCGCUUCAAGUACACGCAAAUGGAAGCGUCGCCGGAAAAUAUGUACUCGCUCACGAUCCUGGCCACGGAUAAUGGCAAGCCGCCGAUGUCGUCCGAGUGUCUGGUCACUGUCAACGUCGUGGAUGCCAAUAACAACGCCCCCAAGUUUGACAAACCCGAGUAUCUUUCGCCGGUGCCGGACGAUGCUCAGGAGGGGCAAUUGUUGCUCAAAGUCACCGCAAAAGAUAAACUUGAUUUUGGCGUUAACGCCGAGAUUAAUUACGUGAUUGUUGGGGGAAACGGCUCCGAAAAUUUUGCAAUUGACAAGUAUAACGGCUGGAUCACUUUGACUAAACCCGUCACGGAGAUCGGGCAAGAGUACCUCCUUAGAGUACGAGCAAUUGAUAAAGGGGUACCCCCGCAACAUGACGAAGUCACAGUCACGUUAGUCGUCACUGGCGAAAAUAAAUACAUGCCAGUUUUCACCGCGCUCAGUUAUCAAGUCAUAGUACCUGAAAACGAACCUUUAGGUUCCACAAUUCUGACAGUUAACGCCUCGGAUGACGACCAAGGCCCGAACGGAAUGAUUCGGUAUAAAAUAUCAGGGGGUAACGAACGUAAAGAAUUCGCCGUUGAUCCCUACUCGGGUGCCGUUACAAUUCUCCAACCGCUAGACUAUGACACGAUUCAAGAGUACCAUCUCAAUAUCACAGCCGAGGAUUUGGGCUUUAAGCCACAAAGUACCACCGCAAUGCUUACAAUCACCCUCACGGAUAUUAACGAUAACUCCCCCACGUUCAACCAAUCGAUUUACGAGGCCUACAUUUCGGAAAAUCUCCCACCGAAUAGUUUCGUUUUCCAAGUCAAGGCUACAGAUAUUGACUCGCCCAAAAACGCAAUCAUUCAAUACUCGAUUUCGGACGGUCCUGAUAAGGACAUGUUUGCAAUUGACCAAAAAACGGGCCGAGUCACUGCUAAAUACAGUUUCGACUAUGAGGAAAACGACUUGUAUACAAUUAACAUCGUGGCGAGCAAUCCCGACUCGCCAAUGUUCGGUAUUGCCGAACUUCGCGUCCACAUCAAUGGGGUGAACGAGUACUACCCCCGUUUUAUCCAACCGGUGUUUCACUUCGACGUUUCCGAAUCGGCGGAAGUCGGGACUCAAGUCGGAACCGUCCAAGCCACGGAUCAGGACGCUGGGGACGACGGCAAGGUCUAUUAUCUCUUUGUGGGUUCGAGCAACGACCGCGGUUUUAACAUAAAUUCAGAGAGCGGAGUUAUAAGUGUGUCCCGGAGUUUGGACCGGGAGACGCAAAGUCGCAUCGUUCUGACAAUCAUGGCCAAAAACGCAGGUGGUAUUCGGGGGAAUGACACCGACGAAGCCCAGGUCAUUGUGGAGGUGCAGGACGGUAACGACCCACCUGAGUUCCUCCAAACUUUAUACGAAGUCGAAAUAUCGGAAGGUGCCCCAGUUGGGUCUAAAGUAACGGCGGUCAAAGCCGUCGAUAAGGACGUACGGCCCCAAAACAACCAGUUUAGUUACUCAAUCAUUGGCGGUAAUAUCGAACAAGCGUUCAAAAUCGACCCCCAAUCGGGCCAAAUCGAAACGGCGCGCUUCCUCGACCGGGAAACCACCCCCGAAUACUCGCUCGUGGUGGGCGGGAUCGACACAGGUCUGCCACCACAGACAGGCACCACGACUGUUAAAAUCCACAUCACGGAUAUCAACGACAACGGGCCGACGUUCGACCCGCGCGUUGUGGGGAAAGUGCUAGAGAACGAGCCACCAAACACCAAAAUCAUGACUCUCUCGGCCAAAGACCCGGACCUGCCCCCAAACGGCGCCCCGUUCACUUAUAAACUAAUCGGGGGGAAACACCGCGAUUUUGUCAAAAUUGAUAAACAUUCGGGGGUGGUCGUGACCACGAAAAUGAUCGAUCGGGAGGUGAUCCCCCAGUUGGAGAUUUUGGUCGAAGUCGAAGACAGUGGGAGUCCGAAAAUGAAGUCACAACACGUUAUCACGAUCGAGGUUUUGGACCAGAACGACAGUCCUUCGAGCGCCAGAUCGGUGCAUGUGCUAGUCUAUGCGUUCAAUGGCGUGUUCCCGGUGGGAAAAAUCGCUGAUGUGCAUCCCAACGAUCCGGAUAUUGUUGGCGAUUACAAAUGCAAAAUAUUACAAGCGCCGGCCAGUUCUGGGAUUUUGUCGAUUCCCUCGGGGUGUAACCUUUUCGCGUCUAAAGUCUCCCCAGGUCAGGGCUAUUCCUUAUCAGUGUCAGGCAACGACGGCAAGCAUUUUGACGUAGUCUCAACCGUUACCGUCGAAUUUGUUACGUUUAGUAACGAAACGGUUGAUCAUUCCAUCACGAUCAAGAUCAGUAACGUGACCAGUCAACAAUUCUUAGCCCAGAAUUAUAGGGGACUUUUGGAUAUUCUCAAAACGUCACUAUCGUCCGGCGAAACAGUUUUACUCUACGGCUUACACGACACUGACGAUGGUCUUGAGUUAACACUAGCCGUGAAAAGUGGCCACAACUACCACAACAAGGAUUUAGUGGUUGAAAAACUACGAAAAAAGCGCGAAUCAAUUGGUAGUCUCUUCCAAACUAGCGAUGUAUCAAUCGGUUACACCCCUUGUAACGAAAACACGUGCCAAAACGGCGGUAUAUGCACGGCCGAAAUCACCGUCAAACGAAACGUGAAAAUUACAGACAGCCAGAAUAUCGUUUUCACGUCCCCUGUGAUCCUCCACGAGUACAACUGCCAAUGUGCCGAUGGUUUUGCUGGGAAAAACUGCAACAAACGCCAGGACCCGUGCCAGCCAAACCCUUGCAAAUCCGGGGGGCAAUGCCGCCGCCAAGGUUUCAAUUUCCACUGCAUUUGCCCGCUCUCCAAAGACGGGAAGUACUGUGAAACGGAGCGUGGAGACGCCUGUUCGGAAAAUCCCUGCCAGAACGGCGGUUCGUGCCGCCAAAGCCCUGACGGGUCCUCGUUCUUCUGUCUCUGCCGACCCGGUUAUCGCGGGAACCAAUGCGAGGCUUUGGCCGACUCCUGCCGCCCUAAUCCCUGCCUCCAUGGCGGUCUCUGCGUCAGUCUCAAGCCUGGCUACAAGUGCAGUUGCACAGACGGGCGGUACGGCCGCCACUGCGAAAAAUCCACGUUCGGGUUCGGCGAAUUGUCGUACAUGGCGUUCCCGUCUUUGGACGCCGCCACCAACGACAUCACUUUCAUUUUUUCGACGACUAAGCCCAACUCGCUGCUGGUGUACAACUACGGGUUGCAGACUGGUGGUAGGAGCGAUUUUGUGGCCGUGGAGUUGGUGAAUGGACGCGCUGUUUUCUCGUUCGGCGGCUCCCGAACGGCGGUUACUUCCAUCAGUGUCGGAGGGAGAAAUAACAACUUGGCUGACGGAAGCUGGUAUAAAAUUAUAGCGACUAGAAAUGGGCGAGUGGUGUCAUUAAGUGUCGCUUCGUGCACCGAACAUGGUGAUGUAUGCGAAGAAUGCCGUCCGAACGACAAUUCUUGUUACGCUGACGAUAUUGGACCGGCGGGGACUUUAAACUUCAACAAUCAACUGUUACUAAUCGGGGGCUUGAAUAGUGCCGACCCGGUGCUGGAAAGGCCUGGGCAGAUCCACUCGGAUGAUUUGGUCGGUUGUGUCCAUAGUGUUUCGGUGAAUGGACGUCUUCUCAACCUAAGUCAUCCGCUUCAUUCGGACGGGAUCCAAAACACAUGCAUCCGGAAGGGUUCAUGUCGGGGUGUUACGUCCGAUCCCUGCAUGGGGUACGGGACGUGUUUAGACCACUGGAGUGCAGUGAAUUGCGACUGUGGCAAUAAUCUAAUUGCGCCCAAUUGUCACGGCGCCCUCCAACCGAUCAGUCUAAGCGAUGGCGCUUUCGUCGAAUUUGCUAUUUCGAAGAAACACAAACGAAUGCAACUACUGGAAAUCUUUUACGGCGGUUCCACUUUAUGGAAACCGAAACAACCAAAGGAAUCGCCAAGCAAAAGCGUUAGUUUUCUCUUCCGAACGGUGCGAACCCAAGGCGUGCUUUUCUACGCCACGAGUAAUAAGCAAUAUACCUCAGUAGAAUUAAUCGACGGACAAAUUAUUUACAUGAGUAAAUUAUCGAACAGUGUGAAUAUGACUGAACCCCACGUGCGGGUGACCGACGGACAGUGGCAUAAUUUAACCCUCCAUUCGCACAGUCGCGUCCUUGAGAUACUUUUGAACGGUGUUAGGAUUGGCGAUGAGUUGGAUUCGGAAGGUGUCCAUGAUUUCCUCGACCCCUAUCUUACGUAUUUAUCACUCGGGGGUGCCCAAGCAAGUCUUUAUUAUGCACGAGGGUCGGUACCUCUAGCUUUCGAAGGUUGCAUUACCAACUUUACCGUUAAUAACGAAAUUCAGCCGUUUAACGGCUCCGGUUCAAUUUUCACGCAAGUCAUUUUCAAAGGAAAAGUUACAAAAGACUGUAAUGGCCCUAUCGGGGUUGGGGCCGCCGCAACCACCGACCCCCUCAGUAUUGGAAUAACCCUCGUCAUCGUAUUCUUUGUGGUGUUACUUGUGGCCAUAUUAGUUUCGUUCGUAGUCUUUAGAUUAAGGAAGCAACACAAAGAGAAAGGUGGCGCUCCCGGAAGUCCCUCAGGCUUGCACAGCAAGCAGAACGGAAGCGCCACCAUGAUGAGUACAAACGGGUUGAACGCCGUCAACGACAACAUCCUCGGACGUAGUUUGCACUCGGGUGACAAUUCUUUGGGUUACCACUCCGAAAACGGCGACGUUAUUCGGGGAAUCGGUGGCCAUUCGUUAGUGGGCCCCGAAUUAUUAUCGAAAAAGUACAAAGAAAGGGACAUAAUUCAGGGCGAGUUAACCCGCCCGCAAAGACCAGACAUCAUCGAGCGUGAAGUCAGCAAAAACCUCCCCAUGCGGGAGGAACACCACCCUCCCCUACCCCCAACAUCCAACCACAACCACGACCAUGGAGGCAACGACUUGAAUUCCGAAAUCCCCGAACAUUACGACCUGGAGAACGCUAGUUCGAUCGCACCGUCCGACAUAGACAUUGUUUAUCAUUACAAGGGUUACCGGGAGGCUGGAGGCGUCCGCAAGUACAAAGCGACUCCGCCCCCGGUUGCCGGUUACCACCACAAACACGCGUCCGGUGCGCAGGGACAAGCCCAACAUCGGCACUCGCCUCACCACCCCACGGGGUACCCCCCUCGGGCGCCGCCCGUUACUAGUCCCGGCUCAAGGCCCCAUCAGAGCACGCCCUUGGCCCGCUUGAGCCCCAGUAGCGAAAUGAGCGCGCAACAGCCCCGAAUUUUAACACUGCAUGAUAUCAGCGGUAAGCCGCUGCAGAGUGCUUUGUUGGCCACGACGUCCAGCUCAGGGGGCGUCGGUAAAGACGUCCUUCAUAGUAACAGCGAGAGGAGUCUAAACAGCCCCGUCAUGUCGCAGUUAAGUGGCCAGAGUUCCAGUAGUCGCAAAGCGGCAGCUCCGCCCCCUGUCACAAAUUCGCUGACUGCGGAAGAAAUCGAGCGAUUGAAUUCGCGUCCAAGGACUUCGAGUCUUGUCUCGACUCUCGACGCUGUGUCCAGUUCGAGUGAGGCCCCCCGAGGUGGUGUUAACAACCACUUGAACCACCUGCACCAUUCGCCCGUUCCCGAGACGCAUCACAGUUCGACCACGACGGACGAAAGUGGGAAUGAUAGUUUCACGUGUUCCGAAAUCGAGUAUGAUAACGCGAGUUUGGCGGGGGAUAAGUACAAGAGUAAUGAGCCGGAUUCGCGAAGGAAUGAUUCGAGUUCGGGGAACAAGAACAAUCUGCCUCUGCCGUCGUAUGACGGUUUCGAUUCGUCGUACAGAGGGUCGAUGAGUACGUUGGUGGCUUCUGAUGAUGAGUUGGAAGGGCCGAUGUACAGGCCGUCGACGGGGUCGCCUUCCACCACCGGGCUUGGGUGGGACUACUUGUUGAAUUGGGGGCCCAAUUUCGAAAGUUUGGCGGGAGUGUUUAAAGAUAUUGCCGAGUUACCUGACUCUGUGAAUGGAAGGGUGCCAUCCUCGUUAAGGCUAACGAAUGCGCCCAAGCCUUCCGAGGAAUAUGUAUAAAAUAGUGCCGUAUUUAAAAGACUCGAUUUUUACGAAUUAAUGAACCCUUGUAUCAAGGAUUUUCUAUUUUCUUGCCAUAUUUUUGUAUUUUUGUAAAUUAUUGUGUCAGCGACAACUGUAAAACGUCUUCCUGUUUUUAAGACUUUUGUAAAUACCUUUUUUACUAAAACGUGUAGAAACGAAUACUUAUUUAAUGAAUAAACUAACUUGAAAAUUAAA